AUGACCGACAAGAAACAAACACAAUUUCCUUUAACUACAUCAUCCAGUGAUCUUGGUUUUGUGGGUGAAAGCGUCAGCAACGGCGAUUACGUGACAGUUUUAACUCCUGAUAACAAGGCACUAAGACCAGAUUCAACGGAUACGGACUUUGAUCCCAAUGGAUUGCGCAUGAACGCGUGGUUACUCAACUUGCAUGACGCGGACAUGCGGACGGCCUACUAUUGGUGGGUCUGCUGCUGUCCAUUUGUUCCUUUGGCGCAGUUGGAGAUACGUCUGGGCCUCAACUCUUAUGGAAUUGGUUUUUUACUUGAUCUGAUUGCGUAUACUGGUCGUAUCGUGUUGUUGGUAUUGACGGUGAUAUAUUUCGUCAACGCCAAUUUCGUGCAUUUUUCCAUAUGCCUCUCGCUUCUUGUGCUUUGCGUAAUUGGAGUUGCCCACCGCGUGUCUCGUGUCCGGAUGGUAACCCGCGAACGUCUAGAUAUUUCUGGCUCCGCCAAGGACGAUCGCGUCAUGGGUUGUCUUCGCAGCGCCAGUGCCAUCCGUCAGAUGGCCGUGCAACUCAAAUGCGACCAAGUUCAUUUUGGUGCGCCCGCUACGCUUCAAGCUUAUCAAGUGUAA